CGGUGAUUAUUGGACUACCGUCGGAUUCCCUUGGAGACUCAGCGGAGAGAAUGAAAUAGCACUUCAAACCAGGAUCAUGGCGGCCCCGCUCGGGCGGGACAGUUUACCUGUCCACUGGUCCUACGGAGUCUGCAGCGACGGCAGGGUGUUUUUCAUAAAUGAUGAAACCCAGAGUACUACUUGGCUGCAUCCCCGUACGGGUGAACCUGUCAACUCCGGGCAUAUGAUCCGUUCAGAUUUACCUCGCGGGUGGGAGGAAGGCUUCACUGCGGAGGGGGCCAGCUACUUCAUAAACCAUAACCAGAGAGUGACGGCAUUUCAGCACCCUGUGACGGGACAGGUAUCGCCCGAAAACGCUGACUUCAACCUCCAGGAACAGCCCGACUCCCGGAUGUCGCAGUCCCAGCCCGAGCAGCGGCCCUCCAGCCUGGUCAGCGAGUCGUCCACAGCCGUCACCUCCUCCACUGUGGACUCCGCCUCGGGGUCGAAGGGCUCCAAGUCCAGCGGGAAGGUGCACGGUUUCGGGAAGAGGGACCAGGCCAUCAAGAGGAACCCCAAUGUGCCCGUGGUGGUGAGGGGGUGGCUCUAUAAACAGGACAGCUCUGGAAUGAGGCUGUGGAAGAGGAAGUGGUUUGUGCUCUCAGAUUACUGCCUGUUCUAUUAUAAAGACAGCCGGGAGGAGUCCGUCCUGGGGAGCAUCCCCCUCCCCAGCUACGUCAUCACUCCCGUGGAAGCCGAGGACCACAUCAGCCGCAAGUACGCCUUCAAGGCCUGUCACGCGGGGAUGCGUGCGCACAUUAACAGCCGGAGCUCUGUGAUUGGCUCGCAGGCUGAGCAUGGCGGCAUGAGGACGUACUACUUCAGCGCAGACACGCAGGAGGACAUGAACGGCUGGGUCCGAGCCAUGAACCAGGCCGCCCUGCUGCAGGGCCCGGGGCCCGCAAGAGAGUCAGAGAAGUCCGACACGUCCGAGAGGUCCGUAGAGCUGGAGAGCUCAGAGCGACAGGCGGACCCUCAGACCAAUCACGUCAACAGCUGCAGCCCAAGCCCCGCCCAGCCCGACGGCCCGCCCGAGCUGGGCUUGGAGCUGAGCGAGGAGAUCGGGACGGAGCCGCGGGAGGAGGAGCAGAGGGAGGAGGAGCCCAGAGAGGAGGAGCAGUACUCUCUCCUCCGGGUCUCGCCCGAGGUCCCAGCCGAGGCCCAACCUCCGCCCGGGACGGGCGAACCCGACGCGCCCUCCCCGGACUCAGCCCCGCCCUCCCGGCCCCCUCCGCCCUCCCCCAGCAGAGGAACGGCCUGCCCCCCCGAGCAGAACGGGACGUCCCGCAGGGGCGGGGCCCAGCGCGCGGAGGCGGAGCGGCAGGUGCAGAGGAAGACCGCGCUGGCCCAGGUGGAGCGCUGGGUCAAAGUGCAGAAGGGAGGAGACUCCAGGAGCCUCCCGUCGUCCGAGCACGUCCUCCUCCGGCCGACCCCUCCCCCGCAGCCCAAAAGCAGCCGAGCGGAGGCCUACCUGUCCCUGCCGAAGAUGCCCCUGCACCCGCCCGGCGGGGGCUCCCCCCCCACGCCGCGGAACCUUCCGAGCGAGUACAAGUACGCGCAGGACCGUCUGAGCCACAUGCGCAUGUCCGUGGGCGAGCGGGUGGCCAGCCGCGAGGGCAUGGUGUGGCAGCUCUACGAGUGGCAGCAGCGGCAGCAUUAUCGCCACGGCAGCCCCACCGCGCCCGUCUUCACCGCCGCCGCCGCCGCCGCCGACCCCCCCUCCGCCUUCUUCAGGGCGUCCCUGGACGUGCCCCGCUCCCUCUCCGUGCCCCCCUCCCCCUCCGACGUCCCCCCGUCGUCGGCCGGCCCCCCCUCCUCUAAGGGGGCGUCGCCUCGCCGGCCGCACACCCCCGCCGACCGCGUCACCGUGCGGCCCCUGGAUCAGACCCCCCCGCUGGAGGUCCCCGCCUCCGCGUCGCCGCGGCGACUGCGCACGCAGAUCUCCAAGACCUCUCUCAUAGAGCGGCGCUCGAUGCCGCCCGUCGGCUACAUCACUCAUACAGUCAGCGCCCCCAGUUUGCACGGUAAAACGCCCGAGGAGCUGACCCUGCUGCUCAUUCAGCUCAGGAGACAUCAGGCCAGGAUGGCUAACGUGCGCAACGACGCGCUAGCCCACCUGCAACAGCACAACGGCCCCUCUGGCCUCCGCGUUCAGGCCGAUGAUACCUACACACAAAUGAAGAAGGACCUGGAGUAUCUGGAUUUGAAGGUAACUGGACGUGAAACCCUAAGAGACAGGUCGGCAAAGCCUCUCAAAAUUGCCGAAAGUGAUGUUGAUGUGGAGCUGAGCAGGUUGUGUGAGCAGGACAAGAUCCUGCAGGACCUGGAGACCAGGAUUCGGACACUGAAGGAGGAUAAGGACAAGUUGGAGUCUGUAUUGGACGUGUCCCACCAGCAGAUGGAGCAGUACCGGGACCAGCCCGCUCACGCCGAGAAGAUCGCCUACCAGCAGCGCCUCCUGCAGGAGGACGUGGUGCACAUCCGUGCAGAGAUCUCCCGCGUUUCCACGGAGAUGGAGCUGGCCUGGGAUGAGUAUAGCAGGCUGGAGAUGGACCUGGUCCACCUGAGGGAGGCCUUGCAGGACCAGCUGGGCCGGACCGUUCUCUCCCAGCAGGAAAAAGAGCAGAUUCGCAGGGAGCUGUGGAGGAUUGAGGAUGUGAUGGCAGGACUCAGCUCCAGUAAAUCCCACUACCAAGUCACCAUCAACUCUGUGAAGAACCCAGAGAGGAAACUUGUGCCUUCCAUGUCGAUGUCCUCGGUGCCUUCAAUGUCCCUGAGUGCAUCUGUGGGGGAGACCAGGCCCUCCACCCGGAGCCCGCACCUUAGCCCCGCCCAGCCCAGCCCGGACACCCCGUCCCCCCAGCCUCUGCUGCAGCAGCAGGCCCGAGUCCUCCAGGCGUCCGCGCUGUACCAGCCCGAGCCACAGUGGGUGGAAGACGACGCCCCGCCCAGACCCCCCCUCCCCCAGCUCUACAGCCCCGAGGAGCACCCCCCGGCCGUGCCCCCCCUGCCCAAGGAGGCGUCCGUCAUCCGCCACACGUCCGUGCGCGGCCUCAAGCGCCAGUCCGACGAGAGGAAGCGCGACCGCGAGAUCGGCCAGGGCGUCAACGGCGACCACAGGGUGGAGCUGCGGUCCUGCAUCAGUGAGCCGGAGCUCUGGGUCCUGGGGGGCCCGACGGGGCCGCUGAAUUUGGGCCCCCAGGGGCCCAAGGGAGGCUACCAGACCCUUCCAAGCAGAGGUCUGACCGGCUCGACUUCAAUACUGAACCAAACAGACAGCAUUGCAUCAUAUGUGACCCUCAGAAGAACGGCUCCUAUGUCUGGCCUGAAGGAGAGGCCUAAGAGUGCGUUGGAGCAGCUGUACUCGGGGGACGUCCCCGCUCAGAGGGGGCGCAUGAGCGCAGAGGAGCAGCUGGAGCGGAUGAAGAGGCACCAGAAGGCCCUGGUCCGGGAGCGCAAGAGGACCCUGAGCCAGGGGGAGCUCCGCCCCGCCUCCCGCCCCGCCCCCGGCCACGCCCCCGGCCACGCCCCCCGGCCCCACCCUGCAGACCUGGGCUCAUGGAGGCGGGAGCAGGCCUUCGACCUGCAGCUGCUAGAGAGGGCGGUGCCAGGCGAGGAGAGGCAGGGCGAGAGGGCGGAGCCAGGCGAGGAGAGGCAGGGCGAGAGGGCGGAGCAACCCCGAUCCCAGUCUGAUGAGUGGCUGACGGCCCAGGCCACGCCCCUGAAGGAGGCGGCCAUGGAGCCACUGGACUACACCCUGGAUUUGAGCCGUGAGCUGUCCAUCCCUGAGAAAGUGUCCAUCCCAGAGCGCUAUGUGGACGAGACCGCGGAGCCACUGACCCAGGAGGAGGUCGAGGCCCGACAGCGCAAAGCCCAGCAGAUCAGGAGCGUCCUGGCCCGGUCCAGUGUGCAGAACACCCCUGACGGUCUGUACCUCUCAGAGUUGGACUCGGCAGUUGAGGAGAAGGAGAGGAUCAUCAGUAUUUCCCACACACUGGCGUCUGAGGCCUCACAGCUCAGCAGGCUAGUGGCAGAAGCUGAGCAGGAGUCGACUCCCACCUCCCCUGCUCCUCCUGCUCACCCAGCUCCUCAGUCUCCCCUGAGCAGUGGAGUUCACUACACCUUUGUGUAAUGAGCAGAGUAAGGCCUGUCCGCAUGAGUCUGUGCAGCUAACGUGCUAGGGCUAACGUGCUAAGGCUAACGUGCUAAGGCUAACGCGCUUGCAGCUUCGCUGGCCGUGUGAACAUCAGGCCCCGGGCCGCGGCUCACGCUCCUGGCACAAGCACAACAGUCAUUUACGAAAAAAAAUGACUGU